AUGGUCAGUCGCCGCAAGGCCAUGAACAAAAAAUAUGCGAUUGAUGGCAAGAGCGCCGAUCUCGCCUAUGGCAUGGAGAACCUGUGGUUCAACGCGGAUCUGGAGCCUCAGACGCUGUGGGUGAACCUUGGCUAUUGGGAAAAAGCUACUCAUUCGUCAGAGGCGUGCGAAGCACUCUUUCGCAAACUGCUGGAUGAGUCGGGGAUCUCGAGGCAAGAAGAGGUUUCGAUCGUCGAAGUCGGCUGUGGUUGUGCCGAGACUGCUCAGGUCCUGCUCAAGGAUUAUACGGACCGGUGUCGCUCGUGGAUCGGUCUGACAAUCAGCCCAAUGCAGGUACAGAUGGCAGACUCCAGAUUGAAAAAGACCCAGAAGGCUGCUGCUCUCGACUGCGACACCGACUACCGUAUCUUCCAUGCUGAUGCUGCCCAGCCCAGCACCUGGAGCGAAGAGAUCCACCGGAGAGUGAAAUCGCUUAAGAAUCCCUGGCUGGUCGCCGUGGAUACUUUGGUCGAUUUUCGGCCAUCAAGGAAGGCGAUCUUCCAAUACGCUCAACACGAGCUACAUGCAUCCGUUGCGAUCACGGACCAUCUCGUCGUGGAAAAAGCAUCUAUCUUAGAUCGGAUGAAAUUAUGGGUUUCAUUCCGUUUACUUGACACGCCGCUCCACCAUGUGCUCACCCGCCAGGAGUACAUUGACUUACUUGUCGAGUGUGGUUACGAGGCAGAGAAAAUCUCCAUUGUGCCAUACACUGAGCAAGUGUACGCUCCUUACAGCCAGUUUAUUAGCCACCAAGGACAAAGGUGGCAGGAAAUGGGGGGAAGCAAAUGGGAUUACAUGGACUUUUCGCUGGCUGGCUGGGUGACUGGGUGGUGGGCACGCUCUGGGCUCGUAGAGGCAUGUAUGAUAAUUGCAAGAACAUAA